AUGUCACUGGAAGAAUACACCAACGUGGAAAAUUUCUUCUGUCAGCCCGGAGACGCAGAGGAAGAUGACAUAUCAGACUUGUGGAAUCCAGACAAUGACACCAUCGAUCCUCAACAACUAAACGCAGCCCAAACUCUGGAUGGAGUCGGUCAGAAUCAUGCCAGUAACCCGAAUCAAGCUUCUGAGCAUUUCAAUGGUGUUCUCACCGACCAGAAGACCGCUACGCCCGUUCCUCAAAGACCAGGCAAACGUCUCUCGUUAGCAUCCGUCCGCGUCCUCAACAAAUGGCUCUCAAAUCAUACACAUCAUCCCUAUCCCACUAUCGCAGAAGUCGAAUCUAUCAUCAGGCAAACAGGUUUGAGCAAACAGCAAGUCCUGAACUGGUUUGCCAACGCCCGUCGGAGAAAAAAGUUUGAACGACCAGACACAACAGAUUACAGUUCUGGGUCAUCGGAAGCGAUUCCGAGAGAUAUUCCCCUCCAAAGACCGCCAACGCCAGCCUUUCAGCAAAGUCCUUUUGAACGUUGGAGAAACUCUCCGCCAGAGGAUGAACCUUCGGGUAUGGAUGCUAUUGCGAGGGCUGUUUCUAGUGUCUCGCGAUUUCCAACAGAAGACAUCUAUAUACAGCACAGGAAUGCGUCAUCUGUAACUGGAAGCUGGGCUACGAGCGCUGAAACAUCUGACUCGAGUCGUAGCUCACACGCCUCUGCUCGCACACAUGGAUCCGAUAGGUCUCUGGAGUCACUUCGAAAGGCCAACAAAAAACGAAGACGGGCUCGGCCACGUGGCAGAGGAUAUGGUACCGGGCAGCUAAAUCAAGCCGUUCAUCGUUAUCAGUGCACAUUCUGCACCGAGUCAUUUAAACUCAAACACACCUGGACACGCCACGAGAAAACACAGCACCUCUCACUUGAACAAUGGGAAUGCACACCUACUGGUCCUACAUGUCUCAACGAUUCGUCUGAAGCAAUGUGCGUCUACUGUGGCGCUUUGAACCCGGACGUUGCUCAUUUCGAGACGCAUAAUCAUGAUCUCUGCUAUAGGAGGGAAAGAAGUGAACGAACAUUCUACAGAAAAGACCAUCUGAUACAGCAUCUUCGACUCGUACAUGGAUUAGAAUUCAGAAAAUGGCCGAUGGAAGAUUGGAGAUUUAAGCUCGAAGAUAUCAUUUCACGAUGUGGCUUCUGCGAUGCUAACAUGACGACUUGGUCUGAGAGGGCCAACCAUUUGGCUGAGCAUUUUAAAGACGGCAUGACGAUGGCUGAUUGGAAGGGCAAUUGGGGGUUCGAUGGUCUGACGCUUGACAUGGUUGAGAAUUCUAUGCCUCCGUACCUUAUUGACUAUGAACGAAAUUCCCCUUUACCUUUUACAACAUCGCAAGGCGCACCAUAUAGCUCAACCAGUGCCUUUGAACUUCUUCAGCUAGAACUUGAUUACUUCUACUCAAACUACGUCGACGCAAAUCAUACCAUACCAAGUGAUGAGAUCCUUCAUGUUGAAGCAUGUUCAGUCAUCUUUGGUGCCGAGAUUUCCUCCCAUUUAGCCCCGCAAGUAGCGUCCUCCUGGCUACGCGACCUGAUAAUGAGUACAGAGCACAUUACUGCCAAAGCUCGUAUGACGCCCAUGAAAAGCGCGGCGAGAUCGAGGUUUACCGAGUUGAGAAUACACAGCAAAAAAGACAUUUUCGAGGAUUGUAACCUCGAGAGUUCACUGAGACAGUACGUUGACAUGUUGAAGCUAUUAAAUCUUGAGAUUGGGAAUCAUGAGUUGCAGAAGGAGGCAUGCUCGAUUGUUGGUCAUAUGAGUCAUGCCUCACCUAUGUUUACGAAUCUUCUUAUCGCUUUGAUCAAUGGUUCGACUCAGUGGCUAGUGCCAUUUAGGUUACGCACAGGGUUACCCAUUCUUGAGAGUGAAACUAGGUCCCAACUGGAUAGUGGAGGAGCUGAACAUGGAGAAACUCUGUUGGAGUCCAGCACCCUACCAGAUCUGGAUAUUUUGCAGCAAGUUCUAUCCGAAGAGGCGGGAAUCAAUACCCUCGGUUACGCCGCAUGCGGAUCGAGUCCAGUCCCUUCCAAUCAAAAGGUGUUCUCACUGAACGACGGAAACUUGUACAGGGGCCUCACGCGAGAUCUUACCCGAUACGUCGCUCGUACGAUAUCACCCUUGAACCCAACAAGCCACGUUCCAACAGAUGAAGAAUUGCAAUACCAAGCGCGAUGGAUUGAGUAUGACAGUCAUGAUGUAUGGAACCAAACACCAGCUGAUAAUAUAGCUUGGCUAGAGGAUUUUAAGAAGGCAUCUGGACUUUUUGAAUAA